AUAAUACUAAUAAUAAUAAUAAUCAUUUAUUUAUUAUUAUUUACAACCUGACAACGACUAAAUUUUAUUUUAUUUAAAAAAAGUGCAAAUAAAUUUCGAUUAAAUGAUAAUAAGCAUUGUUUCAAAAUGGAUAUGUCAAACAUGAUAAUAUCAGCAGUAAGACCAAGAACAAGUAUUCUUGAUAAAUCAUUAAGCAAAGGAAAAAGUGAAGUUAGUUUAAGCUGUUAUGCACUAUUAUUUUCUGAGCUAGUUCAAUAUUGUCAAAAUCGAGUUUAUACUGUUCCUGAAUUUCAAAACAAAUUAGCUGAAUUGGGUGCUGAAGUUGGACAUAAAAUAACAGAUCUAUUGGUAAUACGUGAAAAAGGUGGUAAACGUGAAAUAAAAUUAUUAAAUGCUUUACUAUUUAUUAAAAGUACAGUAUGGAAAUCAUUAUUUGGACGUGAAGCUGAUAAAUUAGAACAUGCUAAUGAUGAUGAACGUACAUAUUAUAUUAUUGAAAAAGAAUCACUUGUCAAUAAAUUUAUAUCAGUACCAAAAGACAAAGGAAGUUUAAAUUGUGCAUCAUUUGUUGCUGGAAUUGUUGAAGCUAUUCUCAAUGAUGCUGGAUUUCCUGCUAAAGUAACAGCUCACUGGCACAAAGGAACAACUUAUAUGGUCAAAUUUGAUGAUUCAGUAAUAACCAGAGAUAAACAACUUGAUGAUCGAUAACAAUAUUAUAAAUUAAUAAAUUAAUAUGAUUAAUAAUAAAUAAUAAUAU